AGAGAUCAAGGGAGAAAGAAGGGGGCAAGCGGGGUAGAAGUAAAUGGGCCAAGCAGCAGUCUCAUUCUUGAUGUGUGAGAUCACGGAGCGGCAGAAUGUGUCGGGAUCCGCUUGACUACUGAAAACAAGACCGAACAGGACAAAAAAGAGAACACGGCGAAGACAAGGAGGAGGAACAGAAGGACAUAGGAGGGAAGGAGGGUGGAGGAGGAGAUUGAAACCAGUUUGGGAAUUUGGGGGAUCUUGUGGGAUCUACUCUUCCUACAGGAUCUAGUUGGCAAAGUGUCUGACAGGGGCCGAGCUAAAGCCCUGCCCCAGAGUUACCACAGCCGCCUCACUGCAGCAGGAACAAAAUGAACUAUCUGAACGUGUUGGCCAAAGCCUUGUAUGACAACGUGGCUGAGUCCCCGGAUGAACUGUCCUUCCGCAAAGGUGACAUCAUGACAGUGUUGGAGCGUGACACACAGGGACUGGACGGCUGGUGGCUCUGCUCACUCCACGGACGCCAAGGCAUCGUCCCUGGCAAUCGUCUGAAGAUUCUGGUCGGCAUGUAUGACAGUAAACAGCAACAGGCCAUUGCUUCCACGCCAGAUCUACUUGUUUCCUGUCCCACCUCCCAGGUGCAGCGACCCCUCCCCACUCAGAGCACCUACGCCAAACCAGCACUUGCUCUGUCAUCUGCUGCUAUUGCUACGUCCUCCUCCGGGUUUGCCACCAAGCCCCUUCCCUCAGCGCAGUACACGUCCAUGCACCCAGCCUACUCCACCCCUGGUCCUGCCCAGCCCAACCCUGACUCUGUCUACAUGAUGCCCCCCUCCCAUGGCUCGAAACCAAGCCCCCAAAGCCUAUACCAGGUUCCCUCUGGUCCAACUGGACCCCCUGCACAGGCCCAGCCAGGACCCCCUAGCAAGGCUCCAGCUCUGGGACCAAGACAAUACCAGCUGCCUGGGCAGGACAUCUAUCAGGUGCCCCCUUCGGUAGGCCCGGGACCAGGCCAGGGAGCAGCUCCGGCUGGGGGUACAGGAGCUGUCCAGGAUGUGUACCAGGUGCCCCCCUCUCUGGAUAAGAGGAACUGGGAGAGCAGUAACAAGCCCCUUGGCAAGGUUGUAGUGCCUACCCGUGUUGGACAAGUGUAUGUGUACGACACAGUAAAACCAGACCAAGACGAGUACGACAUCCCACCAAGACAUCAGCCUCCAACCCAGCAGGACAUAUAUGACGUGCCUCCCACCCGCCAGCAGUACAGUACACAGGUGUACGAUACUCCUCCCAUGGUGGUGAAGGACCCCUCUAGUGGUCAAGAUAUAUAUGACAUCCCAGCAAGCACAGACAAGAACCCACAGCAGACUGUCUAUGAUUUCCCACCAUCUGUCAGCAAAGACGUCCCUGAUUCUCUGCCAAUAAGAGAGGAGACCUACGACGUGCCACCCCACUUUGCCAAACUAAAGUCCAAAGUCCCCGUCCCUCCUGGUCAGUACCUGCACAACAACCUCAAUGACGAUGACGAAGAGCCGCCGAUUCCAGAGGAUGUCUACGACGUCCCACCCCCCAUCCUGACUGACAAGCAUUAUCACAGAGACAGGGGUGGACUCAGCCAGGCCCCCCAGGAGAUCUAUGACAUCCCAGCCAUUCUGCGCCCCGGAGGUCACCCCACCCAGGAUGUGUACGACUUCCCCCGAGAACGAGAGGAGAGAGGAGGCGAGAGGGGAGACGAGUAUAUCUAUGAUGUCCCACCACAGGUUGUACGUGAUGCCCAGUCAACCAAUGAAGAGCUGAACAUGUCUUUCAAGCGGCUGUCUGCCUCCAGCACAGGAAGCACACGGAGCAACCACUCUGCUUCAUCAUUAGACAUGGUCCCUGUCCGUGACACCUCCUCACUUCCUGCUCCUGGCUCCAUUCCAGGGAAGCCACUCAUCUUGGAACUGGAUCAGGCCAUGGAGCGUCUGUCUCGCCUCCAGCAAGCUGUUGAGUCCAGUGUUUCCCUCAUGAUGUCAUUCAUCACAGGCAACUGGAGGAACCCUGCUCACCUGGAGGGGAAUCUCCCGGCUAUUCAUCAGGCUGCUGACAGGGUGCGCGCCACUGUUCGAGACUUUCUAGAAUUUGCCCGGGGGGCUGUGGCCAAUGCUGCCCAGGCCACAGACCGCUCACUGCAGACCAAACUAGGUCGUCAAGUGGGGAAGAUGGAGGAGGUCUUCCAGAGUUUGAUUCGACACAGUCAGAGCUUAGACACCGUUUCUUGGUCACAUACAGCACUCACAACACCACCACCAGGAGGGGAUGACUUGGAUCUCCUAAUUAUGACAGCACGAGGCAUCCCCGACGACGCCAAGCAGCUCGCCUCCUUUCUCCAUGGUAACGCCUCACUGCUCUUCAAACGGACGACCCGGCAACAGCAGCAGCUGCCUCUCCCUCCAAUCCCCGGGGAGAUCAGUGGUCACAUGACAGGAUCAGGAAGUGGAAGCUUUCAGGGAGGGGAGAAGGUGAAUAUUCAGUCACGGCCCCUCCCCUCUCCACCAAAGUUUACAGCUGCAGAGGAAGAGGAAGGAGUGGACAGGCCGUAUGAGACCACAGAGGAAGGCUGGAUGGAGGACUAUGACUACGUACAUCUACAGGGGAAGGAAGAGUUUGAAAAGAACCAAAGACAACUGCUGGAGAAAGGCAACAUUAUCAGACACAACAAGACGCAACUGGAACAGCAACAGAUUAAACAGUUUGAGAGGCUAGAGCAGGAAGUCAGCCGGCCAAUCAACAAUGACAUGACGGGCUGGGUACCAUCCCCACAUCACCCUCUGGCCAACCAGGUGGCCCAGAAUGGUUCUGGAGGCCCCUCCUCUUCCAAGUUGUGUCAUGGCGACCGGCAGCUCCUCCUCUUCUAUCAGGAGCAGUGUGAGCAGAAUGUCACCACAGUGACCAACGCCAUUGAUGCCUUCUUUACCUCCAUCAACUCCAACCAGCCACCAAAGAUCUUUGUGGCGCACAGCAAAUUUGUCAUCCUCAGUGCACACAAGCUGGUGUUCAUCGGCGACACGCUGUCACGUCAGGCCAAGUCUCCUGAUGUGAGGGCCCGGGUUGCCCAAAGCAGCAACACCCUCUGCGAAAAACUCAAAGACAUUGUGAUCAGUACAAAGACAGCAGCACUUCAGUAUCCUUCGCCUGGAGCAGCCAGAGAGAUGACUGAGAGGGUGAAGGAGCUGGCAGGGUGUACACAGCAGUUCAGGAUGGUGCUGGGACAACUGCUGGUGAUGUAGGGGGCCGAGGGGGGUGGAGGAAAACAAACAGUGACACAAACUGAGACGUCCCAGUGACAUGGGGUGGACUACCCUGUAGGCCUCUGAUUACAGGGUAGGAGAACCAGGAGCUCCCUGGACAUGUAGCAUGGAAACCCCAUGUGGCCCUGAAUCCUGGGGGUCUGGGACCCUAUCUGGGACCAGGGACAGCAACUUCACAUCCAUCCUCUGCUCUCUCCCUGUUUUGCCUUUCACCGGGACAUUCCUCUCUCAACCCUCCUUUGUCUGCGCACUUUUUACUCUAGACAAACUAAAAGGAACAUUUUAUCUUCAGUGGGCUGGGCCAAUGGCUGUAAAGUAAUCAUUGUAAAUAUUUAAGUUACCUAUUUAGUCAGAAAACCUAAAAGAAAAGAGGCUAAAGAACUUCCAUUAUAUAAAUAUAAAUAAAUAUUUCUUUUUUGUUUGAAGAAAAGAUGAAAACAUUAGUGUAGUUUUAGACAGUAUCAAUAAUUGUUAUCAAUAUUGCUAUACCAUAUAAUUAUUGAUCCUUGUAUCAUUAUUGUUAUGGAUGUGUAAAUUCCAGAUGAUAUGUAUGACUCUAUGUUGUUGUAAGUCUAUGCUCUUUUUUUUUUUUAUCCCUAACAAAGGCACACUUUCCAAAAAACACACUGGAGCACACACCCAUCUUCAAACAUCACAUGAUGACCUGCUGUUACCAUGACACCUCAGUGUUCACAGUAUGUUGCCACCUGUGGUUCAACAAGUUUUCCAUGCUGGUUUCAGUCCACCACAGCAGGUGACACUGCUGCCGAAAGGUGUCCACAUAACUGUACAGCUGCAGUACUGCAGGUGCACUUAAAAUGAUCUCUGUGCGACCUUGGAUGCUUUUUUUUUGGAAAAUUAUAUGUUGUUUUGUAAGAGGCAUGUAAUAGAGAAAAGGAGUGUAAAAGUUUAAGGACAGUUAAUGCAAUUAAACCUGCAUUUCUUUUUUCUCUGA